CCGUCCGUUCACCGGAUGGAGCUCCCCCUCCCCCUCCCUCUGCUCCUGGCCCUGGCCCUGGCCGCCGCUCGCGCCCUGUCCACGUGCCGCACGCUCGACCUCGAGGCCGCGCGCCGGAAGCGGAUCGAGGCCGUCCGGGGUCAGAUCCUGAGCAAGCUCCGCCUCCAAUCCCCUCCCCCCCCUCCCCCAUCCCCCUCCCCCCCCUCCUCCGCCCCUCCCCCCCCCCCGGAGCUGCCCGACGACGUGCGCGCGCUCUACAACAGCACGUGGGAGCUGCUGGAGCAGGAGCGCGCGCGCGCGGCGCCCCCCGCCGGACCGGAGGAGUACUAUGCCAAGGAGCUGCACAGGUUCCCGAUGGAGCCGCCGGGAGACGCCCCUCCCCCCGGUCACGCGCUCCUGCUCCGCUUCAACGCCUCGCGCGUGCGCGCUGAGCUGGGCCGGGGGGCGCUGCUGCACCGCGCGGAACUGCGCAUGCUCCGACAGAGGGCGCCCGAGGGCGGCGACCAGCAGCGCCUGGAGCUGUACCAGGGCUAUGGCAACUCCUCCUGGCGGUACCUGCAGGGCCGCUGGGUACAGGCAGGACCUGAGGACGAGUGGCUCUGGUUCGACGUCACUGAGGCCGUGCAGCAGUGGCUGAGGGGCAAUGACCCCAUUGGCACCUUCAAGCUGAGCGUCCAUUGCCCCUGUGAUGAGCCAGGCCCACCCCCCCCACUGCGCAUCACCUUCGAAGGGUUCGAGCAGCCCCGCGGUGACCUCGAGGGCCUCGCGCGCCGCCAGCGCCGCCCCCCCCACGUGACCGCGAUGGUUCUGCCCGAGGAGCGCGGGAGUGACAUGCGCAGUACGCGCCGGCGCCGCGGGACCGGAAGUGACGCAGCCUUCUGCUUCGGACCGGAAGAGCAGAGCUGUUGUCUCCGCCCCCUUUACAUUGACUUCCGGCGGGACCUCCAAUGGCGCUGGAUCCAUGAGCCCCGCGGGUACAUGGCCAAUUUCUGCGGGGGGGGAUGUCCCUUCCUGUGGAGCUCCGACAGCCAACACGCCAAGGUGCUGGCCCUCUACAACCAGCACCACCCGGGGGCCUCGGGCGCCCCCUGCUGUGUGCCCCAGACCCUGGCCCCACUCCCCAUAGUUUACUAUGUGGGGCGCAAGGCGCGAGUGGAGCAGCUGUCGGACAUGGUGGUGCAGGCCUGUAAGUGCAGCUGAGACCGGAACAGACUGAACCGAAAUGGCCCAAAAUAGACCCAAAAUGGACACAAAUGGACCCAAAAUGGACAGAAAUGGACCCAAAAUGGACA